AUGCCAUCCACCCAGAAAUUAGUCAUCAAGGGGAUUAUGUUGUUCUUCAUCUUAAGUGUCGAUUUGUGUUUGUGUGAAGAAAAUGUGCUGAGUGAUUCAAGUGUUGGAGAAUCGAGAACAUUUGGUCGUCAUUUGAUCAGGAGGAUCAAUUUUGUUCUCAUUCCAACGGCAUUCGUUGUUGGGGUCAUAGCCACUCUUCUGGCCACCUUGACCGUUGUCUCGCUUAAGGGUUUGGGUGUCGGAGUUAUUCUGCUGGUUCUGGCUGUUGGACAACUUCUGGCCAGAGGAUUGCCCCAAUUAACAACGCCUCCGACUACCUAUGCAGCAUCUCCAGCAUCUAUCAUCUACGGUCGCAGUGACAUCAGUAGUCCAGUUUAUGUAGAAAAAGGCUGGAGUUCUUAA